AUAUAUAAUGAUAUAUAUUUUAAAGAAACAAAGUAAUAAAGAUAAAUAAUUAGUCAUGAGUUCUAAACUGCGCAAAAUAUCCGUUAGGGUUGUUUCUAAACGAUUGCAACAGAUAUUUGAAGAAGAUACCAAUUGUGAAAUUGUUAAUUCAAAGAUGCAUGGAGAGUUAAAUAAUUUCCCCUCUACAUCUAAUAUAUCAACAGAAGACAUUUUUCCUGCUAUAAGUGAAAACAUAGUAGAUAACAAAUCAAAUUUUGGAACUGUAGGAAAUAUAUUUUCGCAUAACAAUGAUAAUUUUGAAAAUGAAUUUGAUCAUAUUCGAAAUCCUUAUAUUGAUGAUGAUGAAGAUGACGAUGAUGAUUAUGAAACAUUGUCCCCUGAUUUAACUACAUUAUUAGCUGAUUGGGCUGUCCAGUUUAGUAUUACGUUGACUGCUUUAUCAUCUCUACUGUGUAUUCUCCGUCUGUUUCAUCCUAGUUUGCCAAAAGAUGCAAGAACUAUUUUAAAAACUAAACGCAAUUUUAUAAUUGAGCUUCGAGCAGGUGGUGAUUACUUCUAUUUUGGCUUGAUUAAUAGUUUAACGAUUAUAUUAAAUCACUUUUAUGAUAAAAUUGCUAAUUUUUCAACGCUUUAUGUGCAGCUAAAAGUCGAUGGUUUACCUUUGUUUAAAAGCAGCAAUAUUUCAUUUUGGCCUAUUUUGUGUCUUCUGCAAGGUUUUAAUAUUAAAAAACCUGUUUUAGUUGGUCUUUUUUGUGGAGUAGCUAAACCAAACAAUUUGAUAGAUUAUUUUGGCGAUCUUGUAAUAGAGUUAAAUAAACUUGGAAAAGGAUUUUUAUUUCGUGAAAAAGAAAUUUCUAUCAAAACUUGUAGUAUAAUUUGUGAUGCUCCUGCUAGAGCAUUUGUUAAAGCUGUAAAAGGUCACAAUGCAUAUUAUGGUUGUGAUAAAUGUAACCAAAUUGGUAAGUAUAAAGCUAAUCGAAUGACCUACCCAUUGGUAGAUGCACCUGUGCGAACUGAUGAAAGUUUUAGAUUAAUGCACAAUGAUGAUCAUCAUUUGAAAAUUGGGGAAAAUUUCAUUCGAAGUCCAUUUUUGGAUAUUGAUAUUGGAAUGGUCACUCAAUUUCCGCAUGAUUAUAUGCAUUUAGUUUGUUUGGGAGUUCAAAAGAAAAUGAUUAAGUUGUGGUUGUCGGGACCAUUGUUUUGUCGAUUACGCUCAUCUUCUGUUGAAAGCAUAUCAAAUGCUUUAAUUUUUUUAGGCAAAUGGCUUCCCACUGAAUUUGCGCGAAAACCUCGUUCACUCAAAGAAGUUUCACGAUGGAAGGCAACCGAAUUUCGCCAAUUUUUGUUGUAUACAGGUGCUGUUGUUUUACAUAAUGUGCUUCCAAUUGAGUUGUAUAAUAAUUUUAUGCUGUUAUAUGUAGCCACAUUUCUUUUAGCAAGUCCAACUUAUUGUGUAUCUAGAUGUAGUUAUUCUAAAACUUUAUUAAUUAAUUUUGUUAACCAUUUUGGACUAUUGUAUGGCCAGGAAAUGAUCGUUUACAAUGUUCAUAGUUUAAUCCAUUUGGCUGAUGAUGUUCAACAGCAUGGGACUUUAGAUAAAAUAUCUGGAUUUCCAUAUGAAAAUUACUUGCAGCAUUUAAAAAAAAUGAUAAGAAAACCACAACAUCCUUUAGCUCAAAUUAUUCGUAGACAGUCGGAACGUGAUGCUGUAAUAAAUGACUUUUUACCUAAUAUUAAAUAUUUUUACAGCAGUUGAAAAAGAGCUUCUUAUUUCAGUAGAGAACCUGAACAAAAAGUUAGAUACAAAUAAUGCCUUAAUAAGUCAACUUAUUGGAAUGCUUAAACAAAACAGGGAAGCAAUUUUGGUUGAUGAACCUUUCGAAAUUCCAGUAAAUGAUGAGUCAAGCUUACUCAAAUUAAACGAAAACAUCGAAUCAGAUAAGAAAGUUAUGAAUGCACUGAGCAUGAAAUUGGCAUCCCAUGGUGGCUCAACAAUUAAGAGGACUGUUUGGAAUUUAAUUCCAAUGGUGAUUGGCACCAAUAUA